UCUGUCACAUUGCAUUAGAAUAUAUUUUGUUCACUCUAGCACUUUCUGUGAUACUGCAUUAAAAUAAGUUUCAAAUUUAAAGACAUUAUGGUUGGAGUUUUUAUCAUUUUGAAAACUAAGUGAGGUUUACCUUGAGGCUGAAAACUGACCAAGUGGGAACUAUUCUGAAUGUUAAGUUUCAUAGUUAAGGUUAAACUUGAUUGUCAGUUCUGUCAUUUCUACUGGUUUGUUCUUCAUUCAUUUGAUCUCUGUUGCAUUCUUAGGUCCACUGAUUUAUUUCCUAUCAGCUACUGGAGCAGUGAGAAGAUCUACUUAUCAGACCCCCUUGAGGUUGUUGAUCUGUACAAAGUGCAAAGACAACGGCUUCUGAUUCUGCAUCAGCAUAUCGAAGCAAGAGUUCAAAAGCUGAGGGACAUCAAACAGGACGUGAAAGAAAUGAAAGAGAAAGUUAGCCAUCUGGAAGAGAAUCUAUCAAUCCAAGAAAGCGACAUAAAGCCCAUGUUGGAAAUGGAAGACAGGAGGGCUAAUAAGUUCAGAAGAGGAGUUCAACGCAAAGAGACACAGAAGACAGAAACACAGGAUCCCAUCUUUACGACUGUGGAUAGGAGGGUGACAGAAAUUUACUCCUGCUUCUUCAAAGAACAACCAAUCUCUACACCACUCUACACUACUCGGGAAAAGCUCAUAAGUGUUAUAGAGCCUAUCGUCGCUUUGAUGAAGACCCUUGAAAACAUCCCUGAAAAGGAACUUCAGCAAGAGCGAGGCGCCCUCAUUAAGGCCAGAAUACGUGAGCAUAAACGUCAGCAGGAGAUGGAGAGGGAGAAGGAGAAGCAGAGGAAGUGUAAACGAGCUCUAACAGUGAGACAGAAAAUGCCUGGAAGAAAGCUUGUGGAAAGAAGUCGUCCUUUACCAAAGGUGGAAGUCAAGAAAGAGCCCUCUGAUGUCCAAUAUACACCAGAGGGUUGGCUGUUUCAUCACAUUUUAUCUAAAUAAAAUAACUCCCUGUUCAAAAA